AUGACGAACACCGACGAGAAGAUGACGAGCAUCGACGAGAAGAUGGCAGGUGCUGAGUUCAAGGAGGUAGCUCCAGAAUCUGGACCCAUCACACCGCAGCAGAUUCAGGCUCGCUUUGAAACAUUGAGAGAUUUGAGCCAGGAAGAAAUGGAUGCGUUGAACAAGAGACUUGUCAAGCGACUUGAUUGGAGACUCAUGCCAUGCAUCACACUCAUGUUUCUCAUGAACUAUCUCGAUCGCAUCAAUGUGUCGAACGCACGCCUGGCUGGGCUACAAAAGGACUUGCACAUGAGCGACACUAUUUGGAAUACGGGUAUAUCAACCUUCUACGUCGGCUAUCUCGUUGGCCAACUUCCCGGUAACCUGUGGCUCGCAAAGGCCGACCCAAGAUGGCUUUUGCCGUCCAUGAUGAUGGCAUGGAGUACUGCCACCAUCUGCAUGCCGGCAAUGACCAGCGGAGCUGGCUUCGCCGUGUGUCGCUUCUUCAUCGGCUUGUCCGAGGCGCCUUUCUUCCCCGGUAUCACGCUGAUGACAUCGUCGUGGUACACCAAAGAGGAGAACCCCAUGCGCAUGGCUAUCUGGCAUGCCGGAAAUACUAUGUCGAAUAUCUUGUCUGGGUUCUUGGCUGCCGGCAUCUUGACAAACAUGGACGAGGUUCUCGGACUCCACGCAUGGCAAUGGUUCUUCAUCAUCGAAGGCGCUGCAUCUAUUCUUGUGGCCGCUGGUGCCUACUUCCUGCUUCCAUCGUGGCCGCACAACACCAAAUGGCUGACCCCGGAAGAGAGCGAAAUGGCCAUGUACCGCGUUCAAGUGUCCAACGGCGGCCAUGACGAGGGCAUCGGCGGCACAUGGGAUGGUGUCAAGGCUGCAGCCGCAGAUCCAUUUACCUGGUACUUCUGCCUCAUGCACUUCGCCCUCGUAACAGCGCAAAGCUUCAAGGACUUCCUGCCAUCGAUCAUGAAGACAUUCCACUUCGACGAACUAACCACCUACCUCGUCCAAGCUCCCCCCUACGCCAUCGCCUAUGCCUUCGCCUGCGGAAUGGCAUACACAUCCGGCCGCUUCCAAGAAUCCUACUACCACAUCGUGCUCCCCAUCGUCAUGUCCGCAGUCGGCUGCGCCGCCCUCAUCGGCACCCUCAACAUCGGCGCCCGCUACGUCGGUCUCAUCCUGCUCAUCAGCGGCACCUACUCCGGCCUCAACCUGCAAUUGAGCUGGGAGACGACGCUUGUCCCCGCGCCUAGGAGCAAGAAGGCGGCGCUCAUUGCGAUUGCGAAUUGCAUUAGUCAGACUAGUCAUUGGUUUAGCCCGUACUUCUUUCCGACGAGUCAGGAGCCAUUUUAUCGGUUGGGUGGGGGGUUGAUUCUGUUUGGGUGUGCGGCUUGUGUUGUUAGUGCUACGCUGGUUAAGAUGAGGGCGAAGAGUUUGAAUAGGAGGUUGGAUGAGGCGGAGGGGUGGAGUGAGCAUACUGGUGUUGAGAGGGGGUGGCGGCAUGUGUACUAG